AUGGCAACUAAGAAAAGAAAAACAUGUUUGGAAUCCUUACCCGAUGAGCUCUUACUCGAGCUAUUCAAGUACGUCGAUAUUCGAGAUCUAUUUCGUAUUUUUGACGAUCUCAAUUCUCGUUUCAAACGAUUACUCUUCGACAAGUAUCAAUCUUAUCAUAUAGAUUUUCAAUCAAUCUCUAAAACUGAUUUCGAUUUAUUCUGUAAAAAAUAUCUAUUAUUAAUUGCUCAACAAAUUAAUUCAUUUUGCUUUAGUGAUAAUGAUGAAACUCCUAAUUUAUUUGAUAAUUUUCUAUCGAAUGGUUUUAAUCUUACCCAAUUUCCUAAUUUAAAUUCACUUUCAUUCUUUCACGUUGCUUAUAUAAAAAGAAUUAAUACAAUUUUCACAAAUUCGUUCUAUUCUAUGUCAAUUACUCGUUUGAAAUUUAACAAAUGUUAUUUUGGACUAACACAAGAUUUUAUUCUCUUGAUAAACUAUAUUUGGCGUCUACCUAAACUUCGACAUUGUGAAUUAGAUGUUAUUGAUAUUUAUGAUAGAAUGUUUUCUGGAUUAACAAUAGUUUCAUCAUCGAUAAAAUUUGUUUUAGUAAAAUCAAUUUUUUUUCAGUCAAUCGAUCUAUCGAAUUUAUUCGAACGUACACCUCAUAUUCAACAUUUACAUGCAACACUUUCCGAAGUCAAUAUUCAACCAUUAACAAAUAUUGCUUUAUCAAUAAUAAAAUUGAACAUUUUUGUUCGUUCGUCACCAUUCGGAAUGAUUGAAUUAUUGAAAAAAACGCCAAAUGUACGUCAUUUAACUGUUGAAUCUUGGGAUUUUUACUUCAAUGGAUAUCAAUGGAAAGAAACUAUUGAGAAUUAUUUAUCAAAAAUCAAAGUAUUUCGAUUUAAUAUGGGAUAUUAUUUGCCGAAUAAUGAAAACAUGUUACAGCAACUUGAAGAAAUACUUAACACAUAUCGAACACCAUUUUGGCUCAAUGAACAUUGUUGGUAUGUUCGAUGUGAUUAUAAUCGAAAUAAUCGAGACGAAAAUAUUCAUUUAUAUACAUUACCGUAUUGUUCCGAUAGAUUGACUCAUCUAGAAUCUGAUACCUGGUACAAAACAACUUGUUCGAACGAUCGUCACUAUUUAUCCUAUGAUUGUGUACAGGAACUUGCGCUCAUGUCUACCUUCUCACCAUCGAUACAUUUUUAUAAUAUUCGUUCUCUAUUUAUAUGUUUGACUAAGGAUCUUAAUAUUUGGUCUUCUAUUCCUACAAUGUAUGAUCUAACUUCAUUGAGUUUAGAACUAAAAUAUUAUAGUCCACAAAGUCAUAUUAUUCGAGCUCAAAUACAAACCUUAUUUGAUCGAAUGCCUCGACUUUAUUCGUUGAGAAUGAAUAAAAGUUUAGUUUUACAUUUGUUAGAAUCAAAAAUUACUCAUAGAUCGAUUCGUCGACUUGACUUAAUUCAUAGUUCGGAUUGGGAAUACGACAGUGCAGAACUUUUUCUAUUAGUCAAUUCACCAUUGGGAAAUCAAUGUGAAGUUCUUUUCAUAAAAGUUUUAUGUCCAAAAAAUAUUCUUGAUCUUAUCAAUACAAUGUCAAAUCUUCGAGCGUUAACUUGCUCGAUUGCUCCAUUUCGACAGUUGAAUUCCGAUGAUGAUGAUGAUUCAUCAUCGGAAUUGAACAAGGACGAUCUUCUCUGGUUACAAAAUCAUUUGUCAUCUACAUGUUCUAUUCGUUAUAAACCUCUUUGUCAAAGCAAUAUUCAAUUAUGGAUUCAACAAUAUAUAGACCACUAA